AUGUCACCACCCCAUUCCCCAUGCUGGGAAGCACCCCCUCGUGUGGCCGCAGACAAGACUACCUCAACGACUGACGAUGUGCGCGACACAACGUCCAAUAACGACCAGGAUGGAACCAACAAAACAAACACCGCAGGAGAAACCGCCACAGCAAACGCGGGAUCUUGGGAAGAGCGACCGGCGAAGAAAAUGAAGAGAGGGAAAUACAUAUCCAGAGCUUGUACUUCUUGUCAACAGCGUAAAAUAAAGUGUGAGGGAGGAGACCCUUGUCGACAAUGCUUCGCGAAACGACUCCCAUGUCAGUCUUCUGCCCCCAGAGGUGGAGGCGGACAGCAAGGGCGUCGUGACUCGAGGACAGAUCCUGUUGAUGGCCAAGACUUACCGUAUAUCCUCCCCAACGAUAGCAAUGCCAAUAUCAAUCGUGAGAUUCUAGUCCGUCUAGAAGCAGUAGAAAGUCAUCUACGUCUGAUGCGACCGCCUAGUCCCGACCGUUUCAGAGCCACGAAUAACCACGCAACUAUCGACGAUCAGCUCAAAACUUCCGCAGCCAAGCUACAAAGCGCCCUCGAGACGGAAGGGCAGACAUUUGCGGGAGAAAUGACAAUGACCCCGGCAUUUGAAGACGAGAGCGACCGCCUGGAUCACAACAGCUCUGUGUCGUCGGCGAUGCGAGUGGAUUACUCCUCCCCAGCAUCUUCCCUCCAACCCCCUGCAACAUCACCAAGCGACGUGACAGGCAGGAAGGGAGGAUGGUUCCAGGGGCUACUCAGGCGACAUGGCGUAGUUACAGACCAAGAGCAAUGCAGGUAUCACUUGCAAGUCUACAUGGACGAGGUACAUCCUAUGUAUCCAGUAGUCCACCCCCCAGCAGUUUGGGACAUCUUCAACGACAUGUGGCAACACUCAAGUUCCUCCAACGAGUCGGCCCAAAGCGAGCAACUGCGUGUUUCAGUCGCUCUGGUAUGCUUUUGCCUGGCACUUGGACGAUGCAGCCUAUCUACAAGAAUGAGCGACCCAAGCGGCGUCAAGUCUUCCGGUUGGAGCUUGUAUAACGUGGGUAUGAGUUUACUCGGUGAUCUAUUCGAAACUAGCAACACAGCCAUUAAGUCACUACUCAUGCUGCAGGUGUUGAUGGUGAGGAUCAUGUACAUGUUCCGAUUAGACGCAAAUCAGAAAGCAGCAAGGGUUCACGCCCUCGCUGUAUCAGUUGCACAAACAAUAGGGCUACAUCGUCAGAGUACAAUCGAUAGUAUGCCAGCUUACUACAGCCAGUUGUACUCACGAACUUGGUGGUCUUUGUAUCUCUUGGAUCGCCGACUAGCUCUAGAGUCAGGAAAGCCAUAUUUCAUCCAAGACAGCAACGUCGACACAUCAUUACCCUUGGACCUAAGUGAUGAGUGGAUGACGCGAUUUGCAUCAAGAAAAGAGACGAUAGCUGAGCUCCAACAAGAAGUGGCGGCUGAGGUUGCUAGAGAUUCUUCACCAUCAUGUGUUCCAUAUGUCCUCGCCAUGGUACGUUAUUGUCGUGUUGCUGGCAAGACAUGGGAGGUUUUAUACGGUGUCAAAUCAUCAACUGCGUCCAUGUCAGCUAUGAUCGAGUACGUCGAUACUGCCAUAGGCAAACUACUCAACACGGUCCCGAUGUGCUUACAAUAUGACAUUGACGUCUCUUAUGAAGCUCAGUUCAGCACGAGGACGCGAUGGCAAGUUAAACAAACUUUUCUCUUUAAUAAUUGCUGCACAUAUCUCCGACUUUUGAUCAGAAGACCGUUGCUGCCCAGUUCAAGUGCUAUAUACCAUACAGAAGAGGAUGAUCUCGAGUCAUCAAUUGAAUGUGCUAGUCUUGCUGCCCGAAUUCUCACAACACAUCAAAACAUAAAAGACGACGGGCUUAAGUAUAGCUUCGCACUCAGUCACUAUGUCACAAGCUGCGCAAUUGUCAUGAUUGGCUUAGUAGCGAGGGAGCCGGGCUCCAAGAGGAGGUACCGACACUUGAUACUUGCAGCUACGCAGUGUUUGAAUGAGUACUGCCGCAAGAUCUGGGUCUCUGGAAAGAUGAUACGCUGUGUUUCCAGGCUUAGCCGGCUGGUUGACCGGGUUCUAGCGGUGGGCUCACCAGGAAGCCAAGAUCGUCAAAGUCCAUCAAGCAUCAGGCGAGACUCAGUAUCAGAGCGCAUGAUACAGCAUCCGACACCGCCACAAUCUGAAGACCAAGGCUCUAUGCAUUACAGAGUGGGAGCGUCAAAUCUUUACAGUAAUCAACUCAAAGACAUGGGCAUAGGUUCUGGUGAGAGUGCACAAAGGGACCAAGAAGCAAACUAUUAUUCAUUCAACAUCGAAUCUCUAGGUGCAAUAGCCGAGAGGCCAGGAGAAAGUAUUAACAAGCUACCCACAUGGCUGGCUGACCCAAGCUUUGAUCGUCGGAACAGUUGGAUCAUGUCUGACUUUAACUUUGAGACAUUUGGCGAACGUUUCGUUUCCAACGAUACCGAGCUAGCAACAUUCAUGGAAAACGAUAGUCUUGAUUUCACACGGGGCAUGCCUGCAGCUACUAAUCGGGGACCUAGUGAGGCAAGACUUGGCGCAUUGGGUGUUAACGGUGUCUUCGACCUUGAUAUGGACUUGGUUCCUACUAUGAUGAAUCUUUACGCAGAUUAG